AUGUUUAACAGCCUCUGUUUAACAAUAGUGGUACUCACCAAGACUUUUCGUGUUCUGAUAACAAACUGUCAUACAAAAAUCUUAAAUUUCUUUAAGUUGGAGCCUCUUGACAAAAAAACAAAAAGACUAACUUGGUAUUUAACAGGCAGAAAAAUCAUUAACUGGCCAACAGCUAAAAAGCAAAACAACCUAAAUCUGAAGACAAGGUGAAUUUGUUAAAAACGGAUAGUGGGGUAUCUAUUCCUCGAACUUCUACAUCUGAUGAAAAAGUUCCCUUUAGUUAUAUUAAAUAAGAGUAUAUGAAGUAUUUAUCACUAAAUUGAAUUACUAUAUCUGUUCCCAUGAAGAUACAAGUGCCGAUGAUAACUUAUA